CUCUUGCGCGCGAGACGAGGAGAAACCCAGCACGAGGACAGGGGAGCCACGCGCAGGUGGAGCGCGAGCGAGCGCACCUGAAGAGAAGCGGCAGACUGGUGGACUGUUUCAUCGCCCUGACUUGUCUUAGAACCGGAAGGAAAAUUGGGCAAUAAAACGAACUGAGAGGAGCUGAAAGAGCAGAAACCCAACCUGAAGCCUGAAGAAGUCGUGGGGCUCGGAUUCUCUGCGCUGUCUGUGUACGAGGUGGAGAAAGGGACGACUGACACCACAAGUGGUAGCGCCCUCUCACCAUGCAGCACUACGGGGUGAACGGCUACUCUCUGCACGCCAUGAACUCUCUCAGCGCCAUGUACAACCUGCACCAGCAGGCCGCGCAACAGGCGCAGCACGCACCAGACUACCGGCCGUCCGUGCACGCGCUCACGCUGGCCGAGAGACUAGCUGACAUUAUCCUGGAGGCUCGUUACGGCUCGCAGCACCGCAAACAGCGCCGGAGCCGCACGGCCUUCACGGCACAGCAGCUGGAAGCCCUGGAGAAGACUUUCCAGAAGACCCACUACCCGGAUGUGGUGAUGAGGGAGCGGCUGGCCAUGUGCACCAACCUGCCCGAGGCCCGAGUGCAGGUUUGGUUCAAAAACCGCAGAGCUAAAUUCCGCAAGAAGCAGCGCAGCCUCCAGAAGGAGCAGCUUCAGAAACAGAAAGAAGCAUCUGGGGAGGGAGGAAGUGAGAAGGAGGAUGCACCUGCCUCCACCACCAUCCUCCCCGAUGUCCAGAUCCCUCCAUCAUCCUCCUCUUCUUCUUCAUCUUCUCUGGAGCCAGAGGGUCCUAUGAUCCGUCCUGUACCUCUGGACAUGGAGCUGAAUGUCACGUCUGCAGAACAUUCAGGCAGCGAGUCGGCAAUGGAGGAUAAUGGCACAGAUAAGGAGGAUGAGAGCAAAUCUCACAGAGAGGAAAUGAAGUGUGAGAGAGCAGCAACACCUGGAGAUGCCUCCCCCUGCAAAAGGCUCAGCCCUAAACCAGACUCUCCCCUGGCCUCUCUGUCAGCGACCCCCUCCUCCACCAGCAGCAGCCUGGCCAGCAGUGGCCCUCUCUCUCAAGGCCACUCUUACUCUUCCUCCCCUCUAAGUCUGUUUCGUCUGCAGGAGCAGUUCCGUCAGCACAUGGCUGCCACCAACAACCUGGUUCAUUACCCUGCUUUUGACCUUGCUGCCCCAUCUUCACUCCCCUACCUGGGAAUGAAUGUUAACAUGCCCCCUGCGCCACUGGGCUCUCUGCCCUGCCAGUCUUACUACCAGUCCCUGUCCCAUCAUGCCCAGCAGGUGUGGAGCAGCCCACUGCUGCAGGCGUCGGCUGCAGGCGGCCCCCCCCACCACCACAGCCAACCAGCCACAACAGCAAGACCACCAGCAUCGAGAACCUGCGUCUGAGGGCCAAACAGCACGCUGCCUCGCUGGGACUGGACACACUGUCUAACUGAGAAUCAGACUGUACGGAGGACAGUGUAAACUACACCACAGCCUCGGCCUACAUAUCAGCCCAUCCUACUGCGUGUCUGUGUGACUGUGAUAGUGCUUUAGGAGCUGUAUACUGAGCCCUUCAUGAGUAGAUGGGCACAGGAUGCGCAGAGGCAUCCAAACAAAAACAAGCCAACAUGCACUAUACCUAUAGCUUUUUAGCUACAGUUUGUCUGACUCCUCUUGGCUUCCACUGCAAUUACGUCCUUGGGAAAAGACGACCCAUAAGAUACUGAACAUUGCUAAAAGAGGACACAUCAAACCAAGUGAAUUUCCCAACUCCAAGGACAAUGAGCAUAUUCCUGACUCAUAUGAUGAUGUUUCCAGUGACAUAUAAUGCUGGACAGUCUUGAUAUUUGUGAUAUAAUAAUAAAAAAAAAAGAAACACUAAAGAUGAUAUGAACAGCUGAUGAUGGAUGCACUCACUUUGAAAGACAAUGCAAAUGUUUACAAGAAUAAUGUGAAUAAAUGAGGCACUUUUGGAGGAAUAAGUCUUGUUGGCCAGGAGGAUGAAAGGUAUAAGUGACCACUUCUGUCACUGUACCACUGAUAUUUCAAUUAAGCAAUGUAGUUAUGUACAUAGCUUGUGCGACAUAACAGCACAUAAAUAAAAAUAAACCUAAGCCAUGUUGUCCUCAACAGCAUAAUUAAAAGUGACUAAUUUACCAGUUUAAUGGCCAGUACUAUGCCACUUUGUACUGGCGUGAUAAUGAGAAAAUGAUUUCAGUGACUAAAUUCUCAAAGCUUUUAAUUACAUUUUGCCCUAGGCCGAUGGAGCUGUGGAAAAUGCAAUUAAGAACAUGCAUAACAUUUAAAGCAGCCUGUUUUAAAUUCAAAAGGCCUGAACACAAAAACGGUGAAUGACUGAUAUCACUCCGUGAUGAGUUGCUCAAUUUCCUUUGAAUACAAAUUGAUAUGGGAGACAAAUUUGGAUAAAUAUGGCCUUGACUCAUGUUUUCACAGCGGUUGUUCUCACCUUCAUAUUCUCUUGAGGAAACAUGUAGCUUUUCACUGGACGUCUUGACUGACUGUUAGCACUUGAAGAGGACAGUGACACACCUCUCUGCUGUUUAUGUGUUCUGGAAGAUGAUCUCUUCAUAAUGAAAAAAGCACAUUAUUUUAAUAUGUAAACUACAAAAAUGUCUAUCUAUUAAUGUUUACUGGUAAGGUAACUGUAAAGUUCCUAUUAUGUUGUAUAACUGAUAAUGGACUGUCUCAGAUCAAAAUCCCUCAGCUGUCAGAUUGUAAGGCUAUAUUUGCUGAGCUCACCGGCAGCACCGGUCGACCCCUCCUCUCCUGGUUGUCUGUGUACCGAUCCUGAGUUGAAUUCAUAUUUUAAACGGGUUCAGUUUCAUCUCUGGAACUGACUUAAAAGAAGCAAUGGAACAAAUCUGUAUUGCUUUCUGUAUUUUGCAAUCAAUCCAGACAGAAAAGCCUGAGGUCAAAGAAUGUGAAAAGAUCUCAGUGAAUAACCGACCCCAGUCCUAUGUGUACUGCUGUCCUGACUCUAUUUGAGUUCUGCUGUUGCUGUUAUUCUAAUGCUGUUCCCCUGACUGUCUCUGUCAAACUACUUGGUCCAGUGAUAGAUUUCUAAUGGUGGAGGAGAGAGUGAUGGGACCAUCAGUAGUGUUGUUUGCUUGACUCCUCCCUAACAAUGUAGACUUGAACUAGUGUUGUUGUAAAAUAGUGAUCAAAUAAAAACAUUGCUUGGA